AUGCAUCUACCUUCUACGAGCCCAACGAGCGAAGCGAAGUCACAAGGAGCGAAGACACUCUUCCAGUCAACAGCUUCGGUACAGAAGCCUCCCACGCCUCCGCACGCCGCUACCGGCGUGACCCGAUCAAUUGCUAGCGACGUCGAUGCCAUCGCAGACGCAAUAAACUGCGCAGGCGACCACGGCGUCCUCGAUCACAGGGACCCCAUUGACCAACCUAACCAAGACAUGAUGCCAAAUAUCUUCAAGCUAUCCCUAAACGGCCAUCGUACGAAUCUGCAGACAAAAAAACACAAGAAAGUUCCCCUCAAUGUACCUAGUUUAAAUAACCCGAAAGUCCGCCAAUUAGGAUUGUGUCACCCAACGUGCCAGCGGCAGCCCAAGCCCGAUAUAGCCUCCCUCCUCCCAAUGGAACUGGAGAAUCCGAGAUGGGAGCAUCUGCCGGAGAUAUCAGAUCCGGAAGAGAAACUUGACCUGCUCGACCUGGAUUCCAUUGCCAAGAAAGCCAUCCGCGCCUCCGUGAAGGGUCUGGCGAUACGCUCGUAUACGGGGCUUGCCUAUAGCACCACAGUCGCUAGACCCCCACAUAGGCAGACUUGA